AUGACGCUGCUGGACACGGAGCAGUCCUACGUGGAGUCCUUGCGCACCUUGAUGCAGGGUUACAUGAAGCCACUGAAGCAACCAGAGAACUCGCUGCUGUGCGACCCAUCGCUGGUGGAUGAGAUCUUUGACCAGAUCCCUGAGCUGCUGGAGCACCACGAGCAGUUCCUGGAGCAGAUCCAUGACUGUGUGCAGAACUGGCACGAGAAGCAGAAAGUGGGCGACCUCCUGGUGCAGUCGUUCUCCAAGGACGUGCUGGUGAACAUCUACUCUGCCUACAUCGAUAACUUCCUCAAUGCCAAGGAUGCAGUCAGGAUUGCCAAGGAAGCCCGGCCGGCAUUCAUGAAGUUCCUGGAGCAAAGCAUGAGGGAGAACAAGGAGAAGCAGGCUCUGUCCGACCUCAUGAUCAAGCCGGUGCAGAGGAUCCCACGCUACGAGCUGCUGGUGAAGGACCUGCUGAAGCACACGCCUGAGGACCACCCCGACCACCCUUUCCUCAUCGAUGCCCAGCGCAACAUCAAGCAAGUGGCCGAGAGGAUCAACAAGGGCAUGAAGAGCGCAGAGGAGGUGGAGAGGAACGCACGGAUCGUGCAGGAGAUCGAGUCCCACAUCGAAGGGAUGGAGGACCUCCAGGCCCCACUCCGCAGGUUCCUGCGCCAGGAGAUGGUCGUGGAAGUGAAGGCUGUGGGUGGGAAGAAGGACCGCUCCUUCUUCCUCUUCUCGGACCUGCUGGUGUGCACCACACUGAAGCGCAAGUCGGGCUCCCUCCGCCGCAGCUCCAUGAGCCUGUACACGGCGGCCAGUGUGAUCGACACCGCCAGCAAGUACAAACUGCUCUGGAAGCUGCCACUGGAGGAUGUGGACAUUGUUAAAGGCGCCUCUCAAGCCACCAACCGGGAGAGCAUCCAGAAAAGCAUCUGCCGCCUGGAUGAAGACCUCAGCACGUUGGGGCAAGUCAGCAAGUUAUCAGAGACCCUCAGCUUCCCCCACCAGAGCCUGGAUGACGUGAUCAAGGACCUGAUGGCUGCCAUCCACCGGGAGCUGGCGGAGAAGCAAUCCCUGUCCUUCAGCAUGGCCUUCCCCCCCAACAAGGUGGAGCUCAGCACCACCAAAGCUGAUGGCACCGAGACCUUCAUCUUUGAGUUCCCCAACCCUGAUGCCCGGCUCGGCUUCGAGCAAGCCUUUGAGGAUGCCAAGAAAAAGCUGGCUUCCAGCAAAAACUGCCUGGACCCAGAGUUCCUCAAGGCCAUCCCCAUCAUGAAGACGCGGAGUGGGAUGCAGUUCUCUUGUGCUUCCCCCAGCCAUGGCAGCCCGGAAAGCUCCCAUGAAGUUUGGGUUUGCAACAGCGAUGGCUACGUGGGGCAGGUCU